ACUUAGCUCUCAACUUUUUCUUUCUCAAACAUCUCUUUCUCUUUCAAAAAGAACCAGCUAACUCAUGGAGAAAAUGAAGUUCAAAGAAAGCACACACAUAGAAAUAUGGGAUUCUGCCUCGAUAUGGCCAGAAAGAGACUAUAAGUGUAGCUUUUGCAAGAGAGAAUUCAGGUCUGCACAAGCUCUAGGUGGUCAUAUGAAUGUUCAUAGAAGGGAUAGGGCAAAACUCAGACUCUUACACUACUCUCCUUCACCUUCAUGUGAUAAUACUAAUUCAUCUCCGAAAAAACCUAACCAUAAUCCUAGCAUUUCAUCAGUGUCGUCUCCUAGGUUUAAUUUCACAGGGAGCUAUCUAAAGGGAGAUGUAGCUAAGAGUACUCUAAGUAAGAAAGUUUCUCUUGGAGUGAAGCAGCCACCAGAUUUUGUAAAGAGAAACAAUGAAAAUAGGGUUUGGAAAAAGAGAGAGUUCGUUACAUUGGACUUUAACAUGGGGUUGCUCCAAACUCAUGCAAAGGAGGAUAAUGUAGAUAUGGAUUUGGAUUUGGAACUCCGCCUUGGUUACUCUUAGUAUUAAAUUUUAUCUGAUUAUCGACUUCUUCUAUUUUUGCUCUUGGUUUAAAUUUCCAUUAGAUUAUCUUAUAAGCUUAGCUUUUUCUUCUC